AUGUCUCUCAAUCUGGAGAAGCAGCUCGCAUUCUAUGGUGCCUAUCAUCAUGAUCCGGUCAAUAUCGGGAUCCACAUGGCAUGUGUGCCACUGAUCAUGAUGACCGCCUUCCUCUUUUUCACCAACACACCAGCAUUAGCCCUCCCAUCAUGGAUGCCGGCAGUACCGAACAUGCCGCUCAACGGCAGCACCAUACUAGCAGUCUUGUACUCUACGCUCUACAUCCUCAUGGAACCAGUUGCCGGAGGCCUUCUCGCACCGUUGAUACUCGGCGGGACCGCCUACAUGAAUCAUCUAACUUCGACCUAUGGAUCGACUGCAAACUAUUGGGGCAUCGGCCUGCAUAUCUUCUCCUGGGUUGCGCAAUUUGUCGGGCAUGGGAAGUUUGAGGGUAGAGCGCCCGCGCUCUUGGACAAUCUGGUGCAGGCACUCUUUCUAGCCCCGUUCUUCGUGUGGUUCGAGGUGUUGUUCUUCUUCGGGUACAGACCGGAACUGAAGAGUAGAGUGGAAACGGCCGUUCAGCAGGCGCGGAAGAGGUUCAAGGAAGAGAAAGCAAAGAAAAGCGCUGGAGAGAAUGGGUCCGCGAACGGCUCCCACACUUCCUGA